AUGGACGCGUUCGUGUCGCGCAAGAGGAAGUGGGAUGAGGGGCCGCCCAGGUCCGUGGCGAGUACAGGCAAGCGGCCUUCAGAGGCUAGAGACCCAGAAGAAGAGUCUACCGAUUUCAAGUUGGCCUUGCUGGCAUCUUUGCAUCCUACAGUUGAUGAAGCGACUCUGCUUGAAGCAUUGCUCGCUGCUGACGGGGCCGUUGAACAAGCCUCGGAGUGUCUAUCGCGACCUCAAGUUACUUCCCCACGCAAGCGACCCGCAUCAUCGACAGUGGGCUAUCAAUCGUCACUGAGCUCGUAUCGCAUUGCUCCGGCCAAUGGAGCCCUGAACAAGAAGCCACUUGUGAGAAAGGGCAAGACACUAUUUCUCUAUAGCCCAGAAGACAUCGAAGUACAUACGCCUUGUUCAAUCAUACAUAAUUUCCUUCCGGUAGAGCAAGCGGAUGCACUGCUGUCACAAUUACUGGACGCCUCGUCGACCUACGACAGGUACGAGUUCAAGCUGUUCGACAGAGUUGUUGUAAGCCCACACACGUACUCCUUCUACGUCAACAGCUUAGAAGAGGCGGAACGACAAAAGACGGAAUACAUCUACAACGGUGGCCAGAUCGAGGAUGUCCGACAAAGCCUACCAGAAAUGCUCAACGCAUGCCCCCAAGUCGAAGACGCCGUCAACCGCGAAAUCCACCGCAGAAUCCGCGACUUCUACCCCAACGGCAAAAAACUCAGAUACCAAUCCCCUCACCCCUGGAAAGCCAACACCGCCUUCGUAAACUGCUACAACGGACCACAAGAAAGCGUCGGAUACCACGCCGACCAACUCACCUACCUCGGCCCACGAGCCGUCAUCGGCAGUCUAAGCCUCGGCGUAGCGCGCGAAUUCCGGGUCCGCAAGACCGUCGCCGAAGACGACGAGCACCGAAAAGACGACGGUACGCUCGCGGACGCCCAGGGCCAAAUCAGCAUUCAUUUACCGCACAACUCCCUCCUGGUUAUGCAUGCCGAGAUGCAAGAAGAAUGGAAACACUCGAUUGCGCCGGCCCAAGCUAUCGAUCCGCAUCCGCUUGCGAAGAACAAGCGUCUUAAUAUCACGUAUAGGUUUUAUAAGGAUAGCCUCCAUCCGAGUCUUACAUCCCAGAAGUCAACCGAACCUACUCUACCGUUUAACCUCACGACCAUGCCACCUCUCUUCCCCCACCAAGCGGUCAUGUUCCGGCCAUCGACACCCAUGCCGCAACCCAACGAAGUACUCGACAGUAUCCUCACAGGCUAUCUCUGGGGCUGUCUUCUGAUAACUCUGUUCCUCUUCACGUACUUUGCCAUCAGCUUCUGCGCCUGGGUUCUCUCGGCAGUUUUGGCUUCGAUCGACACGAUUGUUGACUUCGUACGGGCGUACUGCGACUUUUCGGAUGCUGGUAUCGAUGUCGAGAUGAGCGGCGACUUUUGGCUGGAGAAAUACACGACUGAGAACUUGGAGCAACUCGCCAGACCAGAUGAGAUCAUCAGGCUCAAAUGCACAUUACACGAAUACGACACCGCCCUCCAAGACGCACACUCAGCUGACGAAACACCCAUACCACACCUGUCCAACACCCUCACGAACUUCCCCAACCUCCCCGAAAAGUCCCCUACACCCCCGGCGCUUUCUUAA